AUGGCUCACCCUGAAGAGAAAGGCAGCUCUGCCUGGUACAAGGUGCCAGUUUGGGAUGGGAAUCCCAGUGGCUUCCGCGCCUUCAAGCGGGAGAUGGAGUGGUGGAUGGCGAGCAUGGAUGCCUCUAGCUGCACAAAAUAUAAUGUGGCUGCUCGUUGGACCUUACGCCAGACAGGCGUCGUUCGUGCUCGUUGCGAGGAAUUCUCCCCUUCCGAGUUGGAAGGCGCUGCCGAGGUCAGAGGGGAAGACCCCACGACAGGAGAGGAGAUUGUGUUGGAACCUGCUGAUCCAUGGAAAGGCAUUCGUAAGUUGAUGUCAGCCCUUGAGGAGUCCAUGGGUCGUACAUUGUUGGACAGAAAAGGUGAGUUGAGGAAACAGUUUUAUACUGACCUUCGACGCAACCCUGGUGAGCGCAUCAGUUCUUUCUGUUCACGGUUCCGCACGCUCAACUCUGAAAUGAAGCGUGAAGGAAUCACGUUGCCGUCGGAUGAACUUGGAUGGUUCCUGAGGAAUCGGAUGGGGUUGGACGCCAUCCGGGUUCAGCUUCUCGACACCGCGCUUCGCGGUCGGGAGGCCUAUGAGGAAGUGGAGGCCGAAGCGCUUCGUUUAAUUCGUGACUUGCAUAGCGAGGACCCGUUGCACAAGAAAAGCAUUGUUGACAGGUCACCACUCCUUGGCCGUUUUCUUGGACAGUCGCAGUCCGGGGCCUCCUCAUACCGGACCUCACUGCCUUCAAGUGCCAGUUCCUCAUUCGGUACCAAGUCAUACAAGACUUCCUUUUCAGGUGGUUCACAGAAGAGCUUCAAGCCCAUGCCAAAGGGUGCACCUCGUUCAGCGUUGGUUGCAGAAGCUCCUAUAGAGGCUGAGCCGGAACUCGAAGAAGAGGAGGAAUUGGUUCCUGAUGUUGAGGAAUCAGGCAUGUCUUUGGAGCAAGUUCUACAGUGCGAAGCGGAAGUUUUGGCCGCUGAGCUUGAAGAGUUGGAACAAGAAGGUGUUGCUCCAGAGUUUAUUGAGGGCCUUGAGACGGGUGUUGAGCAGGCUGCUGAAUCCCUCGUUACAAUGAGGGAAGCUCGAAGCAAGAUAGCAGAACUUCGAAAAGAUCGUGGAUAUGGAAAAGCCACUGCCGCUGGACAGCCUUCAGGUGCGAAGCCAAAGAUGACUGGCAAUCAGGUCAACGGCAAGAAGUCGCGCUCGAGUUGCUGGGAUUGUGGCCAGACUGGUCACUGGGCCGGUGACCAUGGCUGCCCUAGUCUAGGGGCAGGACUUUUCAAGCCAAAAGGCGGCAAGCCUGCAAAGCAUGUCAGAGUCACAGAGGCCUUGGCGACAGAGUUCGAUACAGAGGCUGAACCGGCUCACGAGGAUGCUCAUGAGCAUUGUACAUUGUCAGACGCUCUUGACAAGUCGGUUGAAGUGUUUGCAAGUGAAGUGCAUUCGUUGGCGUUGGACAAAAAGUUGAUGGGAGUUUUAGACAGCGCUUGCAAUCGUACGUGUUGCGGACAUGUUUGGCUUGAGCAUUAUUUAUACGCAUUGAAAGCCGCGCCCAAGGUCAUCCAAGGCCUCGUGUCACAGCAGGUGGAACAGGAGACCUUCAAAUUUGGUAACGGAGGGACGCAGAAGAGCACAGUUCGCUUUAGAUUGCCAAUGAUGCUUGGGAAAGAUUUGAUUUUGAUAUGGGUGUCGGUCGUACAGGUUGGCAGUUUGGGCCUUUUGUUGGGUCGGGAUUGGUUGGAUAGCAUUGGUUGUGUUUUGAGCUUUGCAAAGAAGAUCAUGAGAGCUGACCAUUUGUCUGGCAACCACAUCAAGCUGCACCAGUUGACCGCAGGACACUUUGCCUUCCGCCUCAUUCCGAGCUGCUGGCCUACACCAGGUCCGGGUCGUUGGCGUCGGGUUGGACAGGAUGGGAUUGUUGCAUUGCAGAUUUCACAUCAUGAGUGGUUGAGUCGAAAGUUGCAAGCAGUUCAUUCCUUUCCCAAGUUCACAUCCACAAAGCAUGAGCAUUUGUUGUCGGAGCACAGCAUGCAUGCUGCAGAUUUGUCGUUGAUUGGUUUACCAGUCGAAAGGGUUGAUCCACCGCAUGAUCUGGCUCAUAGGAUGAUUGCUGACAAGGCAUUCAAAUCGACGACGACAUCCCCUACCAGUUCACUCGCUCGAAACUUUUCACCCGAGAUCCAUGGAAGCGGCGCCAAAGCACGCUUCAACAUGGCGGCGCAUGUUGCUGCGCCUCGAAGCAAGAGUGCGAUGGUACGCGCAAGGCAUUGUCUUGUGGCUUUGUCGGCGGCCGUGGCUGCGCUUUGCACCCUUGCCGAGUGCAGUUGGCUCCGCGAUCGUUUGGGUUGGCGGAUGGCCUUCAUGGAAGAUCCAAUGCUCCUUGGAAUGAUGGCCGCAAAGAGCAGCAAAGGAGUUGCAUCCCGCCUUCGUCAAGAGGCCCUUGCGGAAGCGAAGAAAGAAGCCGCAGAUCUUCUGAAGUUGGCGGCUCUUGUGGAGAUCACCCCUCCGGAGAAGACAAUAGUCGAAGAUUUGAAGAAGCUGGUGAGGCCUAUCGUCCAAGAAAUCUGGAGCAAGUUCUCACCACGAGCCACCGAAGAGUUUGACAGAUCGCCCAAAGCCUUCCGUCGCCCCAAGCACGCCGCUGACAGUGGCCCCAUCUACGCCACCAACUCUGGCUUCCACAGUGCCAGGAGUGCAGCUGCAGGACAUACACGAGCUCCUGGCACAGCAGGAUCAAAAGUUUUAGACAAUGCUGACCCAAGUGAUGAGCUACAUGAUGUCUAUGCAGGGCGUGCAAACAGCGGGACCCAUGCACUUCGAUCUCUCAGCAAUGGACGUUUUGAUGGGAAGCAGUUUAGGCAAUUCCCAAAGCCUGCAGUUUCGAAAUCCAACAAUGAGGUCCUCGAGGUAAUGAAGCUUGAAUGGGACGGCAAGUUCCAAAGCUGUCUCUGCAGAGAGAACUUCAUCAUGAAGGUUGAGAUUGGCCCUCAAAGGAUCAAGAAAGGUCCAGACAAACCAAGCAAGCAACCAUUGGUGGGCGAGAUCUACACAACCACCGAACAGGUUGCCAAGCAAACCACUCUUCGAGGACAUCGAGUGCUUCCUUCCAUGUCAUUCGAGAAUGGAUGGAACUUCCUGAAGCCAGAAGACUGCAGAGAAUGCAUCAAGGCAGUGAUGGCCAACGACCCUUACUGUUUCGUGUUAGCCUUUCCAUGCGGGCCCUGGUCACCGUUGACCAGACUCCAGAAGAGUGAGUCUUUGGGAGAAAGGAGAAAGCAGGGUCGCAUCUUGCUCGACUUUGCCCUCAUUCUUGCCCGUAUGCAGCUGAAGCGGAAAGCGCAUUUUAUCCUGGAGAAUCCCAAGCCAUCUCUUGCUUGGACACUCCCUGAGCUUGCGCAGUUCAUCGAAACAGCUGGAGUGGAAUGCGUCGAUUUUGACCAAUGCCAUUACCCCGUUGCCUUGGCCAAAGCCUUCAUCAAGGGCUUAGAGCGGCAGUUCCAUGCUGAUCAUGGUCAUUGUCGAGAAGUUUUGGCGGUGGAUGGAGAGGAGGUGGAACCAGAUGAUGACACUGGUGAACAGGCUGUGCAGAAUCCUUUCGACUCAGAAUCGGACAUAUCGUCUAUGGGGGAAGAGCAGGAGUCUGGCACCAGAAUCUCGUCGGUAACGAGGCUUGCUGUGAAAAGGCUUCAUGCAAACACAGGACACAGGUCGAACAGACGACUUGCCAGGGCACUUGUCCUAGCCGGUGCCCCAGCUGAAGUGAUUGCUGCAGCCACUGCAAGCAUUUGUGAUGAGAAGAAGAGACCGAAGUCCAGGAGGCCAAGUACAUUGCCUUCGCCCAAAGAUGUGUCACACCAAGUGCACAUCGACAUCUUCGAAAGCAGUGAUAUCAAUGAGCAGAAGUACUAUGUCGUACACUGCAUUGACUGGACUUCACGAUUCCAGAUGGGCGAAAUGAUCUUGACAAAAGAUUCUGAAAGCAUCUGCAAUUGGUUCAAACAACGCUGGCUACCAAUAUUUGGACCCCCUCGUGUGCUCAUUGCUGACCAGGGAAGUGAGUUUUUUCCUGGGCAUUUCAACAAAUGUGCGAUGAGCAUUCGAUUCUGCUUUAUCACAUUCCGGUCCAGGCUCCAUGGGCCAGUGGCAUUUGUGAGAGAGGAGGUGGAAUUUUGA